ACUCUCCCCGACAUGUCACGACGUCGGGAAAUGUCAUUACUGAGGCGGAUUCCCCAUUAGCUCCGGAACUUACCGCAGAGGCGCUUCCAGCUAAAGUAAAAAUUCCACAAAUCGGCAUGUAUGAUGGGACAUCAGAUCCAGAUGCACAUUUGGGCCAUUAUACGUCCUGGAUGGAUUUACAUGGUGCUUCAGACGCUCUGAGGUGUCGGAUGUUUUCGCUUACGCUGGGGCCACGAGCUCAAAAAUGGUACUAUACUCUCCCGCCUCAUUCGAUUUGGAAAUGGCAACAGUUGCGUGCGGCUUUCCGAUCACACUUUAUCGGUGCUCAAAUUUGCCUCAUUCCGAAAGAAUCGAUUACCAACAUUGUGCAAAAGGACGACGAGACUGUUAAAGACUACGUGGCUCGGUUCAACGACCGAAUUCAGAAUAUGGAGCCUUGUCACCCUGAAACUUUGUUAGUAACUGCCAUUGCUGGAUUGAAACCCAACUCGAUGUUUCGUUGGACCUUGUGUCAAAAUAAACCUGCUACGUUUCAAGAAUUUCUUGUGCGAGCUCAACAAUUUAUUAUUGCCGAAGAAUCGAUGUCGGUUCCCAGCUUCGACUUCUCGGUGAAACAAAGCAAGACUGAACCGGACACUAAAAAGAAGAACAAGAAGAACUUUGGGAAAGCACAGUUUCGGAACUCCUCCAAAGGAUAUGAAAAUACUCCAGAGUCUCGGGCUGUUCGUGAUCAAUAUUUGGACAACGUCAGGACAGGUUAUCAUGCCGUUUAUUCCGCCAGAGCAGCUACCAUAUAUGAAGAACUGAAAGAAAAAGGGAUUAUCCCAGACCCGAAGCCUGUGAGAACUCCUGAAGACAAGUUGGACAAAACUCGGUACUGCGCAUACCAUAAGUCUCCCGGACACAAUACCGAUGAGUGUCUCGGUCUUUUGUCGGCACUCUUGCGCUUAAUCGGACAACCUCAACUUCAAAAGUUUCAAAAUUUUGACAACUGCCGGAAAGGAAGGCCCUUGGAUCUUUCAGACGAUGAAGAUGAAGAUAACCGACCCGCUAACCAGAAAAGAGCUCGCGCAAGUGAUAAAGAGGUCUUCACGUUUUCCACUCAUGUCGGAACCUCGACUGAUAACUGCAGGAAAUCCCGGACACAUGACGCCUUAGAUUCUUCACAUUGCAUACCUCGAGUCAAUUCCAAUAAUAAGAAAUUAGAUACUUCCCGACGAAAAGUCAAAGCCUAUGCCCGAGAGGCGCAAAAUGCCGAGAAACGACAGAAAUCGCUGCGCAUCGGGGCCAACCUUCAAGAACCCAUUCGAUCAAUCUUAAUCCAAUUCCUUCAGUCAAACUCCGAUGUGUUCGCUUGGAAGCAUGAAGAUAUGAAAGGGAUUGACCCACAAAAAGCAUGCCAUCGUUUAAAUUUGGACAAAACUGUCAAGCCUGUUAUCCAGAAACGCUGGAAAUUCGGCCCUGAUCGCCAGAAGGCUCUUGAAGAAGAAGUAAACAAGCUCAUAAACAAUAAAUUUGUCAAAGAAGCCAAGUACCCAACCUGGAUAUCAAAUCCUGUCUUAGUCAAGAAAGCCACUGGCCUUUGGCGUCUGUGCAUAGACUUUUCAGAUUUGAAUCAAGCAUGCCCGAAAGACAGCUACCCCAUUCUGCACAUUGAUUACAUGGUAGAUGCUACGUCGGGACACCAACUUAUGAGUUUUCUGGAUGCCUAUUCAGGCUAUAAUCAGAUCCCCAUGCACCCUGAUGACGCUGAACAUACGUCGUUCUACUCAGCUCGAGGCCUUUAUUGCUAUGUCAUGAUGACUUUCGGAUUAAAGAAUGCAGGGGCCACGUAUCAGAGGUUGGUCAAUAAGAUGUUUGCUCGCCUGAUGGGCCAUACGAUGGAAGUUUAUGUGGACGAUAUGUUAGUGAAAUCGGAACAUGCAUUUGAUCACAUCGCCCACCUUUCCGAAGUCUUCGAUAUACUCCGAGAAUAUUCUAUGGUGCUUAACCCCAAGAAGUGUACUUUCGGAGUUGGGUCAGGGAAGUUUUUAAGAUACAUGGUGAGUCAGAGAGGGAUUGAAGCCAAUCCCGCCAAGAUUCAAGCCAUACUUGACCUAGCUCCCCCGACAUCUAUCAAGGGUGUCCAAGCUUUAACUGGUCGACUGGCAGCCCUCAAUCGGUUCAUUUCAAAGUCUACAGAUCAUUGCAAGCCAUUCUUUGACGCUAUCAAAAAGAAGAAACCGUUCGAAUGGACCACAGAAUGCCAGAAUGCUUUUGACAACAUUAAAGAAGUUCUUUUACGGUUACCGACAUUGCGGAAGCCACUUCCUGAUGAGCCUCUGUAUUUGUACCUUGGUGUAAGUGACGUCGCUGUUAGUGCUGUUCUUAUACGACAGGAUGGGCUUCAACAGUUUCCGGUGUAUUAUGUUAGCAAGGCCUUACAUGAUGCUGAAUUGCGAUAUCCGCAUAUGGAGAAGUUAGCCUUUGCUCUGAUCAUCGCUGCACGGAAGCUGCGCCCGUAUUUUCUAGAGCAUUCAAUUAUUGUGUUUACGACAUACCCUCUCCGACAAGUUCUCCACCGACCUGACACGUCGGGAAGAAUGAUUAAGUGGGCAAUAGAAUUGGGACAGUUUGAUAUUCAGUACCGACCACGAACCGCUAUCAAAGCUCAAGUGUUGUCUGAUUUUAUUGCUGAAUUUACUCCCACUGUCAGUACAUCCAUUGAAGAUCCGACAUGGACUCUCUAC